AUGUUUAAUUUUAUUAAAGCAACAGAAGAGGAAAUUCGUGAUCAAGCUGUAGAAGGACUUAUAAGAAAAACUAUAAUUAAAAGAGAAAAAAUUGUUUCGAUUUUCUCAAUUACUUUACCUUAUGGUUAUCCUAUUCCAACAAUUCAAAGAGAUUCAGAACUUUCCCGUUGCCAUUCAAUUCUCGAAGAAUACCAAAUUUAUAGUCGAAGGCGUUUUGGCGGGUGGAAAUAUGAAGUAUCCAAUCAAGAUCAUUGUUUUAUUCAAGGAAAAGAAUUGUGUGAUAAACUUGUUCUCGGUGAAAAUGAAAAAUUAUAUAAAACACUAGUGCCAGAAAAGAGAGGAUAA